AUAUAUAUUUUGUACUGUUUAUUUUAAUAUCUUUUUCCUUCUCUUUCUCUUUUUCUCUGUUAUAUUAUCAGAAAUUCCAACCAAAGGAGAAAAGAGAAAGAGAGAGAUUCUUUUUUCUUCAAAAGUUUAUCAUAUUUAAUUUUUCCAGAAAAAACAAAAAAAAUUAGUCGAUCUUCUUAAAUAUUAUUUUUACCAUAAUUUAUUUUUCAUUUGGAAUAAAAUAUAUAAUGAGAUUUUUGGUUUAGAGAAAAAAUAAAAUGGAGGAUCGUGAAGAAAGUAUUUAUGUAUCGGCGAGGUUAAGGACAUUGAAUGAAAAAGAGAGAAAUGAUGUUGCAGAUUGGGAAUGUGUGAAUGAUACAACUAUUAUCUACAACAAUGUUAACUCUUCACCAAUGUUUCCUUCUGUAUAUACCUUUGACAGGGUAUUUAGCAGUGAUUGUUCGACAAGACAGGUGUAUGAAGAAGCAGCUAAAGAAGUUGCUCUUUCGGUUGUUAAAGGAUUCAAUUCAAGUGUUCUCGCCUAUGGACAAACAAGCAGUGGAAAGACAUACACUAUGACUGGAAUAACUGAAUAUGCUAUUGCAGAUAUCUACGAGUACGUGCACAAGCACACAGAAAGAGACUUUGUUUUGAAGUUUUCUGCUAUGGAGAUAUACAAUGAAUCGGUCCGAGAUCUCCUUAGUGAAGACAACACACCACUCCGACUUCUAGAUGAUCCAGAGAGAGGGACUGUUAUUGAGAAACUCACCGAGGAAACAUUGAGGGACUGGAACCAUGUGAUUCAUCUCCUUUCUAUUUGUGAAGCUCAGAGACAGAUUGGGGAGACUUCCUUGAACGAAACAAGCUCUAGAUCUCACCAAAUCAUCAGACUGACAAUUGAAAGUUCUGCUGGUGAGAACAUAGGCAGGGACAACGAUUUGAGUACCCUUUUAGCUACUGUGAAUUUUGUCGAUUUGGCUGGAAGUGAGCGGGCAUCUCAGUCAUUGUCAGCUGGUACAAGGCUGAAAGAAGGCUGUCACAUAAACCGCAGUUUACUGACCCUUGGCACUGUUAUUCGUAAGCUAAGCAAGGACAGGACCGGCCACAUUCCUUUCCGAGAUUCAAAGCUAACACGGAUAUUACAGCCAUCAUUGGGUGGCAACGGUAGAACUGCCAUCAUCUGUACAAUUUGCCCUGCACGAAGUCAUGUUGAUCAAACAAGGAAUACUCUACUGUUUGCAAGUUGUGCCAAGGAAGUAACUACAAAUGCCCAAGCGAAUAUCGUCAUGUCAGAUAAAACAUUAGUGAAGCAUUUGCAGAGGGAGUUGGCUAGAUUGGAAAGUGAGUUAAGAUAUCCCAGAGCUUGCAUAUUCCCUUCAGAUUACGAAGCAUUACUGCAAGAGAAGGACCAUCAAAUACAACAGCUGGAGAAGGAGAUAAAGGACUUAAUUUUGCAACGCGACAUUGCUCAGAGUCAAGUUAAAGAUCUGUUGAAGCUUCUUGGGGAUGAUGUAAUACAGGUUGAUUUCGGACACUAUCCAAAUUUACGUGUGAAGAGAUCACCAGAUUAUCAAAGCCCAAUGCAACAGAUUUCCAUUUUGAGAGACACUCAUUAUGUAGAUGUUGGUGUUAGAGCACGUUCAAUUGGACAUAGCAGGUGUAACUCUGAGGAUCAGUUUAUACACAUGCCAGAAUUUGACGAAACCAUCUUUCGCAACAAUGCAUUUCCAAUGCUAUUAGUUGGCAGUUCAAAUAAUAGCAGAACUGAUUCAUGUCAGGGAUGGGAUGAAACUGAAAAACAAAGUAAUGAGACUUCUGACGAUCUAUGCAGGGAAGUUCGUUGUGUCGAAACAGAUGAUUCGAGUAUGAAGGGAACACAAGUAUUCAAUUGUUCACUUCCUGAAAAAAAUGGUGGCUUUCCAGCUUUACGAACCAUUAUAAAUGGAGAGAGAACAAAUCACGGAACAAUAUCACAUCUUGAAAAUGGACACAGAAGAUCAGUGACAUCUCCGUACAAGGAAAAUGGGGAGUCGAAAUCAUCACAUUUUGAAGAAGACAGAGAAGCGGUGUCAUCUUCAUUUUUCGAGGAAGGUAGGAGGUCCAAUAGAAAUACAAUGUCAUUUACUUUGGGGGUUAAGCAAGACCUUGAAUCACCAAAGUUCAAGGACAACAAAAAGGCCGUGCCAUUGCUGUUAAAUGAAGAGAAAAAAUCAGUUUGUGUUCAUUCCUCAAACGCUCCUCCAGAAAAAUUAUCCUCACCAUGUGAUCUUAAGGAUGACUUAUCAUGCAAUAGAAAUUGGAAGUUAUGUAAAAGUACAAGUUGCAAAGCUAGCAUAAUUACUGAUCGAUAUUCUCCAUGCUCAGAGGAAUCCAAAAGAGCUGAUGUUAAUUGUUCUUCAAGAAAUGGUUCCACUAAUAUUGAACUUGAAGUUCCAAAAAGAAAACCUUUAACCGAUGAGGAGAUCAACAAAGCUGAUGCCGCAUGCAAUGCAAGGACGAAGAAAAUGGAUGAGCUUCAGCAUAAAACUGGUGUCAAAGAUUGUCCGGCUCAGGAGGCUGAACCAGAACAUGAUACAUCUUCAAAGAGCGUGAGAGACGCUGAGCCAGCAGAAGAUGAUUACAAAAGUCGUUACAGUUGGCCCUCCGAAUUCAAGAGACUUCAAAAAGAGAUUAUUGAACUUUGGCAUGCUUGUAAUGUAUCUUUGGCACACAGAUCAUACUUCUUCCUUCUCUUCCAAGGUGAUUCAACAGAUGCUAUAUAUAUGGAGGUUGAAAUUAGAAGAUUAACCUCCCUCAAGGACGCAUUUUCACGUGGUGAGAAAACCGUUGCCAGUGGGAGGACUUUGUCAUUCGAGGGAUGCAAGAAAGAAAUUAGAGAUGAGAGACGGAUACUGAGUAAGCAAAUGGAGAAAAAGUUAAGCGAAGCCGAACGAGAAGGGCUAUACGUUAAGUGGGGAAUUUUGAUCAAUAGCAAAAGAAGAAGGUUACAGUUGGCUGAGAAAUUGUGGAGUAAAACAGAUGAUUUGAACCACAUUGCAGAUAGUGCCUACUUGGUAGCAAAGCUGGCUGGCUUCAUGGAACCAGGAAAAGGUCCUAAAGAGAUGUUUGGACUUGAUUUUCCAGGAUCAAAUACAAGUUACAGUUUUAAAACAGGCCUCAAAUCUCUUUUGUAAUAUUUUCUGAUCUAAUAUAUAUAUAUAUAUAGUCUCAUAUCUAUUUUUUCUUUGAUUGUAA